UUAUAUUUUUUUUAAUGGUGGAAAUAGAUUUAGAUAUCAAUAUAUUAAUGAAUAUAUAAUUCAACUAUACAGCAAAAAAUACAAGUCUUCGAACAGUAAACAAAUUUUCUCCCAUUAAUACUCCCGGAAUGGUUCACGGCAUUCCACAUCGUGGCUAGUGGGAUGUGACCUAGUUUCCCCUAGUUUGCAUUGCCCGAUUUUUGUUGCUGGCUCUCUGAUAACAGCCAUAAAUUUCCUACCUCCCUCAAUACGACGCUCCGUUGUCUAGGGCCCGAAAAUGGGCCUCCCUUCCCUAGAAGGCCCACGCACUGGCUCUCACUCUCUCUGGCACUGGGUUUUCCCUCUCCGGAAAGCGAAAGUCCGGGCAUCCCGUCCGCCGCGGGUCUGUGUCUUAUCACACGCUCGAAAAUGUUGCGUCUUUUCGGCCACUCAUACGACCUGUGGGACGCUCUCCGGAUGUCGGGCGAGUGCGCAUGUCUGGCCGAGAAAAGCUGUGGAGAAUUUUCCCCUUGCACGGCGGGAAGUUGCCAGACGGCCGGGCUUUUGAAAUCACUUCCAACCUUAUUCAACUAAAUAACUAUAUUUUAAACAGAAUAUAUAUUUGUGCUUAGCCCCCGAGACACAAAUUCGACAUUGCUCGGUCGGAUUUAAUAUUUUAUGGAGCCAGCUUGGUGAAAAUGGACGUUAACGGUGGCAACGCCAGCCCGGGAAAUUUGUUUUCCAAUAAAAUCACUGCCUUCCAAGACAGCAGCACCCUUGAGCCGCGGCCUGGCAACAAGUACCGCUCCCGACGGAUAGACACCCACCUGGAAGAGCAGCUGGCCAAGGAGAAGCGCAUCACCAAGUUCCCUUUGGUGGGUGCCCUGGUCCAUAAGGCACUGCGGCGUCGGGAGAGGGAGAGCGAUAGGCAGAAAGAACCGGUUGCAAACUGUCCAUCUGGACAGGACAUAGUCAACGCAGACAGCAACAACAACCAGCAGGAAGAGGAGUCGCUCAGGAUGGUGCUGCCGUUUGGACUCGGCCCCGAUGGCCACAAUGUGGAUGCCAUUCAGAGCGCCCCGGCGCCGAGUGCCCCACCCGCUCACAUGCUGCCACCCACCUUUUCCCGGGGUCAGACAACUAUCUACACAGGCGUCCCCAUCAUCGUGAAUCCGUACAUCGACUUCAUCGUGGUCAACGGGGAUGAUCGGUACAUGAUUCGGUGCGAGCGGAAGUCGGUUCUCGAACGGAGCGUGGAGCUGGCCAAGCUGAUCCACGCCGGCCCCAACAGCGGUCGCAAGAGCGACAACCACUUCCAGAUACUCAACGUGGACAAGAACGACUUUGAGCUGAUCGUGCGCUACAUGGAGAAGCACUUCAUCCCUUAUCGCGAUCACAAGCACCUGCUCAAGAUACUCGAGCUAUCCGAUCGCUUCAACGUACCAGAUCUGAUAAUAUACUGCAUUCGCGAACUUGAUCUCAGCAUUUCGAGUGCCACUGCCCUGGACAUCUUCAAGGCGCUGUGGUUCUACCAGGGCAUUGCCCUGACCAACCAGCACCAGACAGUGAUCACCACCCAGGAGACCGGGCAGCAGCUAGCCCGGAAGCAGGCUUCCAAGGCGAAGGCGGCGGCGAAGGCCAAGGCGGCCCAGGCCGCCGAAAACGGAGGCGAAGGGGAUGGUGCCCAAGUGAAUCUCAUCCCCAACCCGAAUCCCUUUACCACCGAGGACUACGGCGUGGCGCUGUUGCACAACACCCUCCAGCUGAUCGACAUGCAUGCCGAGCUGCUGCUCUCCAUGCCGGAGAUCUGUGACCUGAGAUUCGAGGAGCUCGAGACGCUGGUCAAGCGGGACACCCUGCAGCUGCGGUCAGAGGUCACGCUGUUCGAGUGCCUGGCCACGUGGAGUCUGGCGGAGUGUUCCCGCAAGCAGAUCGACGCUACGCCAGAGAACAGGCGCACGGUGCUCGGGCCUCUGUGCCUGACGCCCCGCUACCUGCGCAUGACUCCGGCGGAGUUCCGGCGCUGCUGCGAGCGCAUUGAACUGCUGCCGCCCACGGAGAUAUCGCUUAUCAGCGACGCCCUCGAGGGCAAAAAGCUUAAGAACCUCACCGAUCAACAGACGGAACUGCUGGAGAAGUUCCGCCAGCCCCGGGCGGAGUACGCCAGGAUGCCCGUGCACUUGAGCGACCGGAGUAGCCCGAAGAACUAUCCAAAGAAGAUGCGACUGGCCCACGAGGGACGGCCCACGGAGGAGGGAUGCUGGGAGCGGGUCGGAAUGAACUGCCUGCGUGUUUUUGUCUGCAUAUUCGACUGAUCCGAACAGUCCGACGAGGAGGAGGAGGACGAGGAGGACGAAGAUGAAGAGGAUGAGGAGGAGGACGAGGAGGAGGAAGAGGGCAGUGGGGAAGGAUCUAGUAGUGGAGGUGGAGGGUCAAGAGCAGGAGCUGGAGCUGGAGCUGGUGCUGGUACUGGAAUCGGAGCCAGAAACAGAGGAGUUGACGAUCCCACAUAGACUUGUUGCAUUAAACGAAUAUUAGCGCUUAUGAAUUAA